AUGGAGAGUAUUAGUUUGUCUGGGCAACCUCCUCCUAUACUAUCUAGUGAGGAACUUACUGGGGUGGAAGCAGAAGCUGUGGAGAGAAAUCAAUCUCAGCAGCAAAAUGUGCCUCCUCCUCAAUCUGUUCCUUCAAAAAAAAGAAAGGAGGUUGAAACCAGAUCCCCGCCUGUGGUUAGUCCUAGUCCAGAGACGGGGGUUAAUGUGGGGGUCUUAACUACUUGGGUGUUCAAUCAAGAUGCAAUUAGGAGGGCCCUAGCAGAAAUGAUACUCAUUGAUGAGCUUCCUUUCAGAUUUGUAGAGGGGCAGGGGUUUAGAAAAUUUAUUCUUGUUGCAUGUCCUAGAUUUAAGAUCCCAUCUAGAUGGACUAUAAGUAGGGAUAUUUAUCAGAUUUUUUCUGAUGAGAGGGUAAAUCUGAACAAACUAUUUAGGACUUCCUGCCAAAGAGUUAGUAUCACAACUGAUACUUGGACUUCUGUCAAAAGGAUAAACUAUAUGUGCAUCACAGCACAUUUUAUAGAUAACCAAUGGAAGCUACACAAAAAGAUCAUAUCAUUUGUCCCUGUCACCUCACAUAGGGGGGAAUACAUUGCCAAAGCCUUAGAAACCUGUCUUCUAGAGUGGGGGCUAAAAAAUAUAUUCACUGUGACUGUUGACAAUGCCUCUAGUAAUGACACUGCUAUGGGUUUCUUCAAAAAGAAGUUGCUGUCUUGGGGGGUUUCUUCUGUGAAAUGCAAUUAUGUGCACAUGAGAUGCAUUGCACAUGUCUUAAAUUUGAUUGUCCAGGAUGGGUUAAAGGAUGUAUACAGUUCUGUAAAGAAGGUGAGGGAUGCAGUUAGAUAUGUGAGAAAUUCUCUUGCUAGGCUAAAAAAGUUCAGGGACCUUGCUGAUUUAAUAGGGGUGGAAGCCAAGUCUAGUUUGACUCUUGAUGUACCAACUAGAUGGAACUCAACCUACUUGAUGCUUAAGAAUGCAGUCACAUAUCAAAAGGUAUUUGAGGCCUAUGAAGAAAAUGAUAGUUCAUUCUCCACUGAUUUAGGUGAAUCUGUCCUAGAUUUUAUGGAUUGGUAUUCUGUUGAGCAUAUGGUGAAGUUGCUUAAAUGUUUUUAUGAGAUGACCCUAAGGAUUUCUGGUUCUCUGUAUGUGACUGCCAAUAAUUUCUUCUCUGAAAUUUCUGACUUGUCUUGCAUGCUGUCUGAAAUGGUGGAAGCUGAAUCUGCCUCUGUUAAUCUGAUGGGUUUAAAUAUGAAAACAAAGUUUGAGAAAUAUUGGGGUGAUCCUGAUAAAAUGAAUGCCAUCAUUUUUUAUGCAAAUAUAUUGGAUCCAAGGGAUAAAAUUGCAUACAUGCCAUACCAGUUCACACAACUAUAUGGUGAUGAUAAGGGAGAAUCUUGUUUCAAAAAUGUUUUAACUGGUCUGAAGAAUUUGUUUGAUGACUAUGUGCAUGGUUCAUCUGUCAGUGUUGAUUCUGCUACUGCUGUCACUGGUACAUCCCAGUCCCACUCUCAAUCUGUCACCAUUGGUAGACCACAGUCUAAACUGAAAUCUCAGUUAAAAAAGCAAAGAGCAGAGAUUGGUGAGUUGGGAGGCAAAAAAACUGAGCUGGAAAUCUAUCUAAGUGAGGAAAUUGUGGAGGAUGAAAAUCCUGAUUUUGACAUUUUAAAUUGGUGGAAGAUCAAUACUAGUAGGUUUCCUAUCCUCUCCCAAUUGGCUAGGGAUGUUCUUGUUGUUCCCAUUUCAACUGUAGCCUCUGAGUCUGCUUUUAGCACUAGUGGGAGAGUGCUAGAUGCAUUUAGGAGUUUAUUAACUCCUAGAAUAGUGGAAGCACUUGUGUGUGCCCAAGAUUGGAUGAGGUUGCCGAAUCGACCCAUCUCAGUAGAAGAAAAUCUGGAUGAAGUGGAGAGAUUAGAAACAGAACUGGUGAGUGGCAGUGGAGCUGGGAGCAGUGAAGUUGGUUUAUCACUUCCCACAAUUGUUGUGUUGGAAACUUGGACAGUUGCCAAUUGGCAAAAUGGCAAGUGGCUGGGCAACUAUUAUUUGUUGCUGCCAUUUUGCAAUUUGCCAGUUUGGACUGUUGGAACUUGGAACUAUGAGGCAAGAACAAAUGGAUAA